CUUUAAAUAUGUAGAUUCUCCAUUUUCUUUGCAAGCAUCAUCGUAAUCACCAACUUUACAAAAAGACCCAUCCUUUAUUUACUAAAUUAGAUUUUCUUUUUUGAUCUAAGAGCUCUGGGUGUGAUACAUGUGCCAUUCCUGUCCCUUCUCUCAGCCUCUCAGCAUUUGGUCCUUUUCUCCACCUUUCAUGUUCAGAUUACAUAUACAAACCUGCUAAAACCUGGCUUUCUUCAAUCUUUUAUACCUAUAAUCUGUAAUUUUUUAUAUCAGAAUACUAUUGAACUUAUGGGUUUCUCUGGUUUCUGAUGGUAGAGAGCAAGAGGUUCUCCUUUUUCCUUCAUACCCAGGCCAUUGAGUUGUGUUCAUCAGUAACCAAAGCCAGGCAUAGGAGCUGGGAAUCAAUUUCAUCUUUUUUAUUCCUUAAAUUCAGAGGUAAUCGAAAUGAUAUAUUUCUGGGUUGUUUUUGACAAAUAGUGAUAUUUGGGGAGAGAAAAUGCGAUUGCUGAUCUGGGUUUUUGAGGGGAGGAAGAAGAGAGUUUAUAAGAGAGAUUAGUGUAUAGCCUAGGAGAGGGAUUUUCUGCUUUUUGGAUACAAUGGAGUCACCAGCAGGGCCGCAGGUCUCAACACCCCGUAAAAAGAUGACGAAACAAUUAACAGGGAAACGAGAUGAUACACCAUUGCAUUCUGCGGCUAGAGCAGGGAACCUUGCUGCUGUGGGGGAAAUUAUUAAUGGUCUUGAAGAGAGAGAAUUAACGGAAUUGUUGGGGAAGCAGAAUUCAGCUGGUGAAACAGGCCUUUAUGUUGCUGCAGAAUAUGGUUAUAUUGAUCUGGUAAGGGAGAUGAUCAAGUACUAUGAUCUUGUUUCUGCUGGAAUCAAAGCAAGGAAUGGCUUUGAUGCACUUCACAUUGCUGCCAAACAAGGGGAUUUGGAGAUGGUGAAGCUGCUAAUGGAGGCACAUCCAGAACUUUCGAUGACAGUAGAUGUUGCAAACACCACGGCUUUGCACACGGCUGCAACUCAAGGGCAUAUAGAGGUGGUAAAUUUUCUCUUGGAGUCAGAGAGCAGCCUGGCCACUAUAGCUAAAAGUAAUGGGAAAACGGUCUUGCAUUCCGUGGCAAGAAAUGGGCAUGUGAAGGUCUUGAGGGCCCUUUUAGAUAAGGAGCCUGGGGUUGCAUCAAGGCAUGAUAAAAAGGGGCAGACUGCUCUUCAUAUGGCUGUGAAAGGACAGAAUCUUGAGGUGGUGGAGGAGCUGAUCAGAGCAGAUCCUUCAUUGAUAAACAUGGUUGAUACUAAGGGCAACACAGCAUUGCAUAUAGCAACUCGGAAAGGCAGGGAUCAGAUUAUUAAGCUGCUACUAGGGCAGAAUGAGACCGACACAAAAGCUGUUAACAGGUCUAAUGAAACUGCCCUAGAUACAGCCGAGAAAAUGGGGCAUACUGAAAUUGCAGGCAUCCUACAGGAGCAUGGAGUUGUGAGCGCAAGGGCCCUCAAGCCUCAAGCAACAAAUCCAGCUCGGGAGUUGAAACAAACAGUCAGUGACAUAAAGCAUGAAGUCCACAAUCAACUCGAACACACUCGCCAAACUAGAAAACGAGUGCAAGGCAUUGCCAAACGCCUCAACAAAAUGCACAGUGAAGGCCUUAACAAUGCAAUCAACUCUACAACUGUCGUAGCUGUCCUAAUUGCUACGGUAGCAUUCGCAGCCAUUUUCACUGUCCCGGGGCAAUAUGUUGAUGACCCAGAAAAUAUUCCACCCGGGCAUUCCCUAGGAGAAGCAAAUAUUGCUCCAAAUCCUGCGUUUUUGAUUUUCUUUGUCUUUGACUCUAUUGCAUUAUUCAUCUCUCUUGCUGUUGUGGUGGUGCAAACAUCAGUUGUGGUAAUAGAAAGCAAGGCAAAGAAGCAGAUGAUGGCAAUCAUAAACAAACUUAUGUGGUUGGCAUGCGUGCUUAUUUCGGUGGCAUUCUUGGCAUUGUCAUUUGUUGUGGUUGGCAAGCAUGAGAGGUGGCUUGCAAUUGGCGUGACAAUAGUAGGAACAACAAUAAUGGCUACAACUUUGGGUACAAUGUGUUAUUGGGUGAUUAUGCAUCGAAUCGAGGCCUCAAACUUGAGGAGCUUUAGGAAGAGCUCUCAUAACAGCAGGUCGCGGUCCUGGUCAGUAUCGGUAAUGUCAGAUACAGAGAUUCUGAACAAUGAGUAUAAGAAGAUGUAUGCUAUUUGAAAGAUUCCCAUGUCAAAUCUGUUUUUCGCUUUGGGCAUAA